AUGAAUGUAUGCGACGCGUUUGCUAAUAACCAGUAUGCAACAGCUGUUUGCUUAGAUAUAGAAAAAGCGUAUGACAUGGUCUGGAGAAACCGAAUCCGAAGAAUUCUCCAAAAUUUUGGCCUUUGUGGAAACAUCCUUAAUUUUAUCAGUAACUUUCUAUUUAUAAGAACUAUCCAAGUUAGAGCCAACAACGUCCUAUCCACUACAAAAAUUCUAGAAAACGGAGUACCUCAAGGCUCCGUCUUAAGUGUUUCGCUAUUCCUAAUCGCUAUAAAUGACAUACUGGACAACAUACCAGUCCCGGUCAAAGGACUUUUAUUUGCUGACGACUUAACCCUAUUAUGCAAAGGAAGGAACCUCCAUACUACCCAGCCCCAACUACAAGAAGCACUAGAUAAAUUGCAGAAAUGGUCACUCACGUCAGGGUUCAAAUUUUCUUCCACCAAGUCUAAAAUAAUUACCUUCAGCAGAAAGAAACAAUAUGCGAACAUAAAACUAACUCUCGAUAAUUUGAUAAUCAAGGAAACAUCCUCUAUCAAACUAUUAGGAUUAACAUUUGACUCUCAGCUAACAUGGACACCUCAUAUUAAUAAACUCAAAACUGAUAGCUACCAACGACUAAACAUACUUAGAACAAUAGCUGCAAAUAACUGGGGAGCCGACCUCAAAACCCUACUUCUAACGUAUAAGGCAAUAGUGAGAUCAAAACUGGACUAUGGAUCAAUCAUAUACAACUCAGCCAACACCAACAUAGUAAAGAAAUUAGACCCUGUACACAACAAUGCUCUCAGAAUAACUGUGGACGCCUUCCGCUCUAGCCCGAUCAACGGCAUCCUUAGUGAAGCUUCAGAACCUCCAUUACGAAUUAGAAGAAAAUACCUAAGUAUCAAAUUUGCAGUCAGAAUUGCCUCCCACCCACAGAACCCAGUCUUCCAUAAUGUAUUCAGAAAAAACAACCUAAACUACUUGCAACAAAGAAAAAGAACACCCCAUCCACUCUGCUACAGAAUCAGUAAUUAUCUGAAGGAGCUUGGCAUGGAAAUCCAGCUCACAUCGAGCAGAUCCAUCCCCAGCAUCCCUCCGUGGACCUUUCCAAGAAUCAGCACUAACACCUCUCUACUGAACUACAGUCAAAAGAAAUCUGAUCCAAUCAUGCUAAAGGCUAUGUUCCAAGAAUUGGAAGCGGGACUCGCAAACCACGUGCAUAUAUACACAGACGGGUCCAAGACACCAUUCGGAUCCGGAUACGCAAUUGUCAGGAACCAGUCAACCGGAAAAGUUAAACUCCAUCACAAAACACCUAUCUUCCUAUGCGAACUUCAAGCAAUUAAACACGCUAUCAAAUCAACUUUAACCGACCAAAAUACAAAUUUUGCAAUUUUCUGUGACUCCACAAGCGCCAUCUCAGCAACACAAAAACUAUGGACAAGCAACCCUGUCAUCCAAGAAUGUCAAGAAACCUACACCAGAUCAAGCCAAAAGAACAACUCAAUAACAGUAAUAUGGAUUCCUUCCCACAUUGACAUAACCGGCAACGAAAAAGCGGACCGUGCAGCUAAAGAAGCAGCCAACUCAUCCACCCCCAACCACCACGACAACAGCACUCACCUGGAAACGUUACUCUCCAUUCUCAAAGAAAAAAGUAAAAACUGUUGGAACAAAGAGUGGAGCACAUCAACCAAAUCCCGUACAAAAUUAAUCAAAAAUGACUUCUAUGAAAAAUCCAUUACCUGGAAAUUACCCAGACCAGACCAAGUGAGAGUAUCACGAAUCAUUAUAGGCCACACCAAACUGACCCAUCAACACCUCCUCCAAAAAACAGGCCCACCAAUAUGCGAAACAUGCAAAGACCUCCUAACAAUAGAACACAUCAUCAUCCACUGCAGAAAAUAUAUUCCAAUCAGGCAACGGCUCAACAUAAAACCAACCCUAAAGGACAAUCUGAAGGACAACACAUCGACCCAAAAUCUAUUACAGUACCUCAAAAUUACCAAAUUGUACAACAAACUCUAA